AUGGCACCUUUAGUGAGCUCCUCUCUACUCAGCUGCCUCCCCUCCCUCCUGCCCUUCCUCCUCCUCCAGCUGUCCUCCAGCAAUGCCGGACAGUUCAGAGUGACAGGACCAAGGCACCCCAUCCGGGCUCUUGUGGGAGAUGAAGCAGAAUUGCCAUGCCGCAUAACCCCUGGCAAGAACGCCACAGGCAUGGAGGUGGGGUGGUACCGACCCCCCUUCUCUAGGGUGGUCCAUCUCUACCGAAAUGGCAAAGACCAAGAUGGAGAGCAGGCACCUGAAUACCGGGGCCGGACAGAGCUGCUGAAAGAGCACAUUGGUGAGGGAAAGGUCACGCUCAAGAUCCGGAAUGUAAGGUUCUCAGACGAAGGAGGUUACACCUGCUUCUUCCGAGAUCAUUCUUACCAAGAGGAGGCAGCAAUGGAACUGAAAGUGGAAGAUCCCUUCUAUUGGAUCAACCCUUGGGUGCUGGUUCUCCUGGCAGUGCUGCCUGUGCUCCUCCUGCAGAUCACCGUGGGCCUUGUCUUCCUCUGCCUGCAGCACAGACUCAGAGGGAAACUUCGAGCAGAGAUUGAGAAUCUCCACCGGACUUUUGAUCCCCACUUCCUGAGGGUGCCCUGCUGGAAGAUAACCCUGUUUGUAAUAGUGCCGGUGCUCGGACCCCUGGUCGCCUUGAUCAUCUGCUACAACUGGUUGCAUCGGAGACUAGCAGGUGCAGUGCCCGGGCAGCAAACGCACCCCUGA